CAAUCGAAAGGUUUGGCUCCCCUUCUGCCGCUUCUUCUCAAUCACUAUUGUACGAUAGCAUCUUGUCUGUUUCCUGCUUUGCCAUCAUAUCGAUCACCUAUCGUUCGGCUGUUUGAAUACCUAUCAAGACACUUGUAUCACUAAAGGGACCUGCAUGAGCUUACGCAGGUUACAAGGGUCCCUCGCUUACUUUUGCCACAACUAUGCCUUGUUUAUCUCGACCCGUCUUUGACGGUCCAACCAUGGCCCAACCAGUACGCCGCCGUGCUUCAGCUCCUGAUACUUCGACUAGAACCAAUCACAAUCCACAAAUGCCAUCCUCAUGCUGUGGGGAUCAUUGCCAUGGUUGCGGCUGUGGCUGUCGGGCUUGUGCUUGUCGAAGCAGACCUAUCCAAGAUGACUCGAACCGACAACAAUAUAACGGACAGGGUGGCCAGCCUAUGCCGACUCCUCAGAAUGCUGUGACGGUACGCCCGGGAUAUCCAUCGUCUCUCAGCACCAUCGACUCAAACGACCAAAGUAUGAGCUUCAACAACAGCUUUGAGGUGCACGACACGGACUUGGCCACCAUCUUGGCUCGUCAUGAUCCUGUCAAUCCACCGGGGGAAGUGCACGACGACGAAGACGACGAUCCGUGGACAAGUGGUCAGUACCUCAGCCAUGAUGACGAUGUUGAGCCAGUUGAUUCUUCCAACAUGAUUGGUGCUGAAGACAUGGAACAUGAUUCUUUGUAUGCUGAGACUGGAGGACCGAGCAGCAGUGACAUGUCGAUCCUCUCGAGCCAAUACGAAGUGUCGUUCUUACAAGCAACCGACAGCGUCACAGCUUCGAAUUUGAUCAAUGGCAUCGGAGCUGCAUUUGCGAACCAGUUCCUUCCACUGACGGCACCACCAGCAGAGUGUCGCCAUAUCAGAACGAGACAGAUGUGUCACCUCUGCAGACACUAUUGAUAACAGCACCCAUCGCUUUGGAAUCUGCCUAUACUCACUUUCGCUUCAGGGUGGCAGGCUGGGAAUUUGUUUACAGGCUUUCGAAUUGGCACAUCGUCUGAUGCAGGCUGGGGCGGGUAUUGUUUGUCGGAAGCGUGAUAGAGUGUACAAUAUCUACCCAACCGAGCGAUCGGAUGCGAGACUGUUGUUUCUCCUUUAUAUUUGACGAUCAGCGAACAGUGAAUCUUGUGUACUUUUGUGUUUGACGGCGUUGAGCAUGCAGGCACUAGCGAUAUAUUCAAUGCAUCAUGACUAUUUCGAAUUGCU